AUGAAGAUAGGAAUAGUAGGGAUCGGUGGACUUGGCACUAUGGGAAUCAAGUUAGCAUCAGCUCUAGGACAUGAAGUGGUAGCGGUAUCCAGCAGUGACAAGAAAGUGGAGCUAGCAAAAGAAAAGGGAGCACUACACUACGUGGACACCUCCAGUCCCGCCUCCAUCAACUCACACAACAACUCACUGGAUCUCAUUCUUAACACUGUCAGUGCUCCUCACAAUCUCAUGACUUAUCUCGGUCUUCUUUCUACUAACGGAACCUUGGUACAACUUGGUGCCGUAGCUGCUCCCUUGCAGUUCUAUCAGUUUCCUCUCCUUGCUCAGCGGAAAUCUAUUGCUGGGUCUAUGGUUGGGGGUAUGAAGUCACUUCAGGAGUGCGUUGAUUUCUGUGUGGAGAAGGAUAUUUACCCUGAUAUUGAGAUUGUUGAUGCUAGCAAGGUAGAUGAGAUUUUCAUUAACCUUUCUAAAGCAAACGCUGGUGGUUUGAGAUACGUCCUAGACAUUGAAGCUAGUUUUUAA